GGUCUCCCAGCAACAGCAUGUAAAUAACUCGGUGUGUUUCCCUCUUCGGACUGAAGCACGUGACCGAGGAGGAGAAAUGAAUGAGACGCGGGUUUGAACCUGGUUAUUUGAUGGACUAACCGGAGGGACGCGUUAAAUCAUCCAGAAAACACGACCCGAGGCCGAACUCCAGAUCAGACAGACAGCUGAUGGUUGCUGACUAGCCAAUGGGGCUGUUUGACAGGUUGGCGGGAUGGCUGGGGCUGAAGAAGGAGGUGAAUGUUCUGUGUCUCGGGCUGGACAACAGCGGAAAGACCACGAUCAUCAACAAACUCAAGCCGUCCAAUGCCCAGGCACAAGACAUCGUCCCAACCAUUGGUUUCAGCAUAGAGAAGUUCAAGACCUCCAGUCUUUCCUUCACAGUGUUUGACAUGUCAGGUCAAGGCAGGUACAGAAACCUAUGGGAGCAUUACUACAAGGAAGGUCAGGCGAUCAUAUUUGUCAUUGAUAGUGCAGACAAACUGAGGAUGGUUGUUGCCAAAGAGGAACUGGACACAUUACUGAAUCAUCCCGAUAUUAAACACAGGAGGAUCCCCAUCCUUUUCUUUGCAAACAAGAUGGAUGUCAGGGAUGCUCUGUCGUCAGUCAAGGUCUCCCAGCUGCUCUGUUUGGAGAACAUCAAAGACAAGCCCUGGCACAUCUGUGCCACAGAUGCUCUGAAAGGAGAAGGAUUACAGGAGGGAGUCGACUGGUUGCAAGAUCAAAUCAAAACAUUGAGAACAUAAGGGCCCGAGUGAAGACGCUUGAAGAAACAGCAUCGGUUAAAGUCUGUCAUGUAAGAUGUGUUGACCUUGUUUUCAGAUGUACAGGAAGAGAGCAAUGUUUUAUUAAUAAGUUAUUGAGGUGAUUCUUUGACAUGUUUGGUUCACUGGAACAAUCAAAGCCCAUAAUCUCAUUUAGAACAACAAAAUAAUAAAAAAUCCUGAAUUAGUGAGACUCAUACAAGUAGAGGAGAUAAUUUUAGGCACAUUUCAUCAGUCUGAACAGCCAUUUCCAAAGGAACAAUAACACUUAAACAUGUACUUCUAUUUACAUUAUCCCUCCCAUUCCUUCAAACAGCUGUUUAAUAUCUCUGUGUAUCAGGGAUCAUGAUGCUCUUCAAAAAACUCAAUGUGGUUGGUGCUGUCUUUAAGGAGCAUGAAAACCUAGGAUGUGUUGUAGGGAAGACAUGUUAGUUGCUGUGUUGAUUUAGCUCUUACAGUAUCCCCCCCGUCUGAUAAAUGGUACGUGCCAGCUUCCCAAAGAGAAUUGUGGCAGAUUUAAACUGGCACGUCAUUAUACCAGUGAUGUAAACUGGGAUGUCACAUGUCAUAUCAUUAGUAAAAGCAGCUCUCCAGCUUAUAUGUAGAGCCGUCUCACUGUCACAUGAAACUGUUUUCUAUGGUUUAUCCUUACUGCAGCUAAGACUUGAUGCAGCUCUGCUCUUGUUUUGUGAACACUGCUCUUUUUUUUUGUAGUUGUGAAAAUAUUUCAUAGUGUUAGCCAAUUCAAUGUUUUUCGGGACGCAGUAGAUUCUGUUGUAAAUAUUGUUACGUGUGGCCCAGUGACUAUAAAUAAUAUUUAACUUAGCUGGAACAAGUGAUGAAUGAAUGUCAAGUUAGUUUGCCUGAUUUUCAACUAGUUUUUAUAUUUGCCUUAUUUCAUUUGUCAAAGCAAAGCACUGUUUUCAAACAAAAUGAUCAUUAUAGUUGACUCAUGGUUAAUUAAAGUAUAUAAUAUAGAUCAAAUAUCUGCUCAGUCUCCUCAUAUUGCAAACUGUUGGUCCUCUUCUUUAGUCUCGGACCAAAAGCUGGAUUUAAUAAAUGUACAGAUCACAGAGUGCGUUGCUUCUUUUUCUUUCUGAUGGCAUUUGCCAAACUCCAUCGCCUCAACCUCAGCCAUAUAGCAAAUAGUUGUUAUAUCUGAAUAGUCUUUAUACUAUUCAGUAGUAGUCGUUAUAUCUGAACUAACUGAAAAUGUGUGGAAAUAAUAGCGAUUGAUUGUUUAUAAUAUUCUGUAGUAACUUGUUCAUGAAUGUUUCAUCUGUAAAUCCCAUUUUAAUCCUACAGUUAUCAAAACUUGUAGAAGAUGCAACUUGUAAAACUCCGCAAAUAUUUUUGCCACCAAAGACACUUGACACUGACCUGAGACAUUAAUAUGAGGGUAAGAUGGAUGACAGGAGAUUUAACAGCCCUGUUCACUUUCCAUGGUUCCAAAUUAAAACAGUAGAAUGUACAACCUCAAUGUAUGAGGAAUGAUUGGAAUCGAUUGCGGUUUGAUUUUUGAAUUUAGUUCUGUGUGUUACUUUUAUCCCAUUCAUAUAAUACAUGUAUUUUUAUACCACUGGGUGACAGCCAAGUCCUAAACAUUCAAUUCCUACUUGUACAGGCUUUAAAGGCGUCGUGGUGAAUCUGGAACGUGUUCUCUAUCUGUAAUUGGAGGACAUUUCGGAGUUGGGAUUUUUCUUUUUCGUGUCCUCCAGACAUUGUUUUUAAAAACAAGGAGCACAAGUUCACUUUAGCUGUAGAUUGUUCCCUCACAUGAGCUGUGUGUAUUUUGAUUAUUACACUGAACGUGUAAUAAAGAAUAAAUGGGG